AGGACGGAUAUGUAAAAUUCCCUAGGGUUUUACUUUCCUCGUCGUCUGCCCUCUAUAAAGCUUCCUCCGCCGCAUUCCGCCGGCGAGCGCCCUUGAGAACAGCAGCGCGAGGAAUAAAUCCAUAACCGCCGCCGCCAUGUCUCUGGUCGCGAACGAGGACUUCCAACACAUUCUUCGUGUCCUCAACACCAACGUAGAUGGGAAGCAGAAGAUCAUGUUCGCCCUCACCUCCAUCAAGGGUAUCGGUCGCCGGUUCGCCAACAUCGUGUGCAAGAAGGCCGACGUCGACAUGAACAAAAGAGCUGGAGAGCUUUCCGCUGCCGAGCUUGAGAAUCUUAUGACUGUUGUUGCUAAUCCACGGCAGUUCAAGAUUCCAGAUUGGUUUCUGAACAGGAAGAAGGACUACAAGGAUGGCAGAUAUUCGCAGAUUGUUUCAAAUUCUCUGGACAUGAAGCUUAGAGAUGAUCUGGAGCGCCUGAAAAAGAUAAGGAACCACCGCGGUCUCCGUCACUUUUGGGGUCUUCGAGUCCGUGGUCAGCACACAAAGACUACUGGCAGAAGGGGAAAGACGGUCGGUGUGUCGAAGAAGCGAUGAGCUUGAAAUUAUAUUUCUGCUACUGGUUAUGAUCUGGAUUUACAACUUUGAUGUCUGCUUUGUGAUUUAAUCCUGUGAUAGGCAAGACUAGUUGAUGGAUAAUUUUGCAUGUUUGGAAGACUAAGGUUGAAAAAUUGUUUUUGUGAGAAUUUGAUUUAAGAUCCUCUUCCUUGGCAUA